AUGUUCUGGGUUCUCCUUCUCUUGUCUCUCCUUCAACUUCUUAAUUCAACACAUGGCGAGUUCUUUCGCUUCCAGAUGCCAGAAGAGGUACCCAUCAAUACUGAAAUUGCCGACUUACCCAGUCUGCUUAAUUUGCAUCUGGCAGAUGAAUCUGCCAGUCCAAAUUAUGUAUUCAAGAUACUUAGCUCAAACUCCAUGAUUAACCAGAUGUUUGCAGUCGAUCAGCGCACAGGAAUGCUUCGUACUAGUGGACCAAUUGAUCGGGAUCAAUUGUGUCAAAGAGCGGAACUUUGUUGCAUAAUGGUGGGCCAGCAUGAUAUUGCAAAUGCGCAUGACAUAAAGAUUGUUGGCAUGGAGGCUGUUCAGUCAAAAUUCGGAAAUCACAUAAUCUCUACUGGGCUCAAAUGCACGCUCGAUUUUCGCAUAGCUUACAGCUCCAAGACUGAUUCUACUUCCUUCGCUUCCAUUCAGAUUGAUUUACUAGACUUAAAUGAUAAUGCCCCGAAGUUUGUCGGAAUUCCUAGCUCCCAGAUCUCUCGAAACUACGAUGGAAGUCUCAUGUAUGUCGUAUCAAUUUCCGAAAACGCACAUAUUGGGUAUCAGUUAACAUUGCCAAUAGCUCAAGACCUGGAUGCUGGAUCCUUUGGAAUUCAAGGAUAUAAGCUAGAGGGACCUUCAACGCAGUAUCUCUCACAUUUUGAGCAUAGAUUCUUCACCAGUUUUCCCUUUGAAUUGAUUUCUACAAGGCGAGAUGAUGGCGUGAUUCUACCGAAGCUGGAGCUGAGAGAACCUCUGGACUUCGAGAAAAGACAGAACUACUACAUUUCACUCGUUGCAUAUGACACUGAUCGUCAUAUGGCCCACUCUUCAGACAUACUUGUUCGUGUAGAUGUGAUUGACGAGAAUGAUAAUCAGCCCAAUGUCACUGUUCGGAAACGCAUACAAAGUGGUUACGACUCAUCCACAAUGGGGCUUGGACACAAUCAACUCAACCUCAGGGAGGAUACACCAGUUGGAACCCUAUUGGCUACCUUCGAAGCCAGAGACGCAGACAGUGGGGAAAACGGUCGGGUUACGUUUGCUUGGGCGGAAACAAUUCCUCCAAGAGUUCAGCGUCUAUUUGAUUUAAAUCCCUCAACUGGGGAAUUGCGACUAGCAGAUCGACUUGAUUACGAUAGCUUGGCAAAGUCCUCUCCAAACAGGGCCUAUAAUUUGAUUGUUGUGGCUUCAGACGAUGGCAGACCAAAUAGACUUUCAACUUCAGCCAGCAUUGUUAUUGAAUUGGUCGAUGUUAAUGAUGAAGAGCCGAAAAUCACUAUAAUGGACUGGGCAAAUCGUAGUCCAACUCAAUUAGAAGUUUUAGAAAAUGCAAGAAGUGAAACAUUCGUAGCUCUGGUGACUGUUCAGGACCUUGAUGGUCCAAACGGACCGAAUGGGCAAUUCUACUGCACCUUGAAUAGCACUCUCUUUAGACUCAUUUCUGCCGAUUCCUUUAUGGGGCACAAAAUGAUUGCAGAUCACGAUGACAUCUCCUUCGUCGGGGGUCACAACUCAGUCGGCGGUGUUGGAAGGGCCGAAUUUCAGCUCGUCACCACCACCAGCUUCGAUAGAGAACAAACACCGAUCCAUACGGUAUCAAUUAGGUGUCGAGACAAAGGAAUCAAUCCCCUAGAAAGUCAAACGACUUUUUCAGUCACUGUGCUGGAUGUGAAUGACAAUCCUCCUCAAUUUCCAGUAAAUCCGCUGACUGUGACAAUUCCAGAGGACGCACAAGUAGGAAGUCUGGUCGUAAACCUCAAUGCCACAGAUCCAGAUCGACCAGACGAUCCCCAUCCACUGACAUACAGUCUCAUCAGCGUUACGGCUCUGUCGACUUCCCAGCCUAUGAGUCCCAUGAACAGUACUCACUUCCGCUUGGAAGGACACACCGGUAGACUUCUGCUGGCAGAACCACUGGAUCGCGAAAUGAACAUGGAAUAUCAAUUGACAAUUCGAGCUACUGACAGAGGUAGUCCAACACCCCUGACCUGCGAUCUCGCCAUGAGAAUUCAAGUUCUUGAUGUAAAUGACAAUGCUCCCGUUUUUGGAAACCCUUCAGGAUAUCGGUUUGUUAUCGAGGAGGAAAAAGAACCUGGCACUGUUGUCGGAGUCGUCUCUGCUACUGAUGCGGAUGAAGGCAAAGAUGGGAAGAUUUCCUACCGUCUUUUUGGAACUGCUGCUGCCGUCCAGCGCGGAUUUACCGUAAAUCCCAAAACAGGUGAAAUAACCACAAAGAUGUCCUUGGAUCGAGAAGUCAAUGCUGUUUAUGAGUUCUUCGUCACAGCGGAAGACUCAAGCUCAUCCAAACGCCUCACUUCAACAGCUAAGGUCGUAGUUGAACUACUAGACAUCAAUGACAAUGAUCCAAAGUUCAUCUACCCAACUCAACCCAAUCACACAAUUCACGCCUCAGCUUACAGCAAAGUUGGAACUCCGAUUGUCAAAUUGACGGUGUUCGAUGCGGACGCGGCAGGAGAACAGGGACUCCUGUUUCUCCUCAAAAACGCCACCUCUCAGGGCUUGUUCUCUCUCAAUCCAAGCACUGGAGAACUCUCUUUCGCUAGAGAAAUUCUUGAUGAUGACAUUGGAAGUCAUUACCUGGAAAUAGAAGCUAAAGAUAAUGGGGUUCCAUCACGAUCGUCUGUCACGUCUAUCACUGUCGUUAUUGAUACCAGAAACCCACAACGAAAUCCCGGAGGGGGCAAAUUGGGUGUUGAUUACGUAAAUAACCCAACGUAUCCAAAAUUAUGGAAUCCAAGUGAUGAAGGCGCUUAUCCGCCAUAUGGUGUGGAUACCAAUCCUGAAAAUUUCCCUCAGCAAGAUACAACGCCAUCUUUUGAUCGUCGGAUUAUUCUCAUCUGCUGUUUGGCUUUCCUGGGUUGUCUACUUCUGGUCGUUUUUGGUGCUAUUCUAAUCAAAUUCCGAUAUCGUUCCUCCCCUGACAACGCCAAUGCCACAAAUCCUAUUAAUUUUGUCCACCCUAAAGAGACGAAGUACAGAGCGGCAACUCUCCAACCGCAGAUCAAUCUACCUGGCAAAGAUAUGAAUCGAUAUGUAUACGGUUGGUCAGCCCAGAGAUCACCGCUUGUAGGCGGACCACGCUCAAGGUCAAUUCAGCAGCAGCAGCAGCAGCAGCAAGAGCAGCUCCUUCGACUCGGUUACGCCAAUGGAACCAGCACUGGCACUUCAAAUGGAGCAGCCAAUUUCGAUAACUUGUUGCAAAUUCGCCUCGCUCGAGGCGAAGCCACCCUCCAGGUGAGACACUCCAGCCUGGAGGGCUACGAGAGACCUCCGCUGCCAGUGGGCGACAGGACCAAUCCGUAUCUCAGCCAGGUGGGACAGGUGAACCGAGUUGGCGGCACGUGGGGCAGCCGCAACGACCGCGGACUCAACAAUUACGAGGCGCCGAGUGAUGCCAGCGGAUACAACAAUAAACUGAGUGCCAGUGGCGGUGGUGGUGGUGGUGGUGGUGUGGCAGGAAUAAUUCUACAGCCUUGUGCCUACAUGCAAGGAGGCCAGUACUACCAGGAUGACUGCAUGCUGGUGGAUGCAGAUGCUGCAGCCGAUGCUGAAACUGGCGUCUUUCUCGCCGGAGGUCGAUCGGGGGAAAGUCGAAAUGCCUACCAAACGCUCUCCAAUGUCACCGCCUCCUCCUCCUCAAGCACCUCGCAUCGUAAGCCAACUGAAAAAACAAAUAGCAAUGAAACUGAUCCAUUUGCGGAUGACGCUGAAGCGGCACCAAGUAGUUUUGAACUCGUCAACAACUCGACGUCCAAGAUGACAUCGACAGCAACGGCGAAAGGAUGGCGAAAGGAUCUGGGAAAGAAGGGCAUAGUUAGUUCCUCUUUUGUCUGA